AGCUGGAGUGCUGUGUUGCACCAUAUGAAAAGGUGUGUGAGAGAGAGAUGGCUGUGCAUGUGUAAAGCUAGGAAAGAGAGCUCGAGUGAGAGGAUUUGCAUGAGCCCUCUCUCCCUCAGUCCAUGUCACCCCAGGGUGGGAAUGCUAAGACAGACAGCCGGUUUAUUUUUGGUUCAGUGACAGUGUGUCAAUGGCCGCAGAUGCGUCGCAAAGGAAGGCUCUGAGAUAUCAGCAGACCGUGCUAUAUGGAGAGUACAGGGAGCACCCUGGUGGGUCCCAGAGGAGAGAGGCCACUCGCCUUCUGAUGGAGAGACAGCGGAAAAAACAUGGACAUGGACAUGGACAUCACUACCACGGACACCACCAUUACAGCCACCAUGGGCGCACUCACAAUCGAAGACGCCAUCACAGACGCAAGCAUGUGGAGCUGGACAUCGGCAGCAUUCAUGACCUGCAGGAGGAGGAGGAGGAGCAAGGCCACACGUCGUCCUUCAAGAAACGCAGAUCCUACUCCAAGUGCAGAGACUGUGUGGCUCGAGUACAGAAGUUCCUCGUCUCCAAAUUGGGAGAAGACUGGAUCUUUCUGGUGUUGUUGGGUAUUACCAUGGCAUUAGUUAGCUGGACCAUGGACUAUGCUAGUGCCAAGAGUCUACAAGCCUAUAAGUGGUUUUAUGGGGAGUUGAGGGGAAAUAUCCCGCUGCAGUACCUGGUCUGGGUCUUCUAUCCCAUGGUGCUCAUCCUGUUUGCCUCCCUCUUCUGCCACCUGGUCGCUCCUCAGGCCAUUGGCUCCGGUAUUCCAGAGCUGAAAACCAUACUCCGAGGUGUUGUGCUGAAGGAGUAUCUGACACUCAAGGCAUUUAUUGCGAAGGUGGUGGGACUCACUGCUGGCCUGGGCAGUGGUAUGCCGGUUGGCAAAGAGGGUCCCUUUGUUCACAUAGCCAGUAUCUGUGCCGCUGUGCUAAGCAGGUUUAUGUCUUUCUUCUCUGGAGUUUAUCAGAGCCCAUACUGUUAUACAGACAUCCUCACAGUGGGCUGUGCUGUGGGGGUCGGAUGCUGUUUUGGAACCCCUCUUGGAGGUGUUUUAUUCAGCAUUGAAGUCACAUCAACCUAUUUUGCUGUGAGAAACUACUGGAGGGGCUACUUUGCUGCCACUUUCAGUGCUUUUAUUUUUAGAGUGCUGUCUGUGUUUAAUAAGGAUGCAGUUACCAUCACUGCUCUCUUCCGCACCAACUUCCGUAUGGAUUUUCCUUUCGACCUGCAGGAGCUCCCGGCGUUCGCCAUUAUUGGGAUCUCUUGUGGGUUCCUGGGAGCUUUCUUCGUUUACCUGAACCGCCAAGUUGUCCUGUUCAUGAGAAGACCGAACAUUCUCACAAGAUUCCUUACAAAACACCGGCUGAUUUUCCCUGCUGUUGUGACCUUAGUGGUUACGACACUGACAUUCCCUCCGGGCUUUGGGCAGUUCAUGGCUGGAGAGCUGAUGCCCAGGGAGUGCAUCAACUCUCUGUUUGAUAACUUCACCUGGACUAAAAUCUGGGGUUCUUCCCUUCCUCCUGGUCUCGGUCGCUCUGCUGUGUGGUUUCACCCUGAUGUCAGCAUCUUUGUCAUUCUUAUUCUCUUCUUUAUCAUGAAGUUCUGGAUGUCUGCAGUUUCCACCACGAUGCCCAUCCCGUCUGGAGCUUUUAUGCCUGUCUUUGUAUUGGGUGCUGCAUUCGGGCGCUUAGUGGGUGAGAUCAUGGCUACUCUCUUUCCUCACGGUAUCCUGUUUGAUGGAAUACUGUACCGCAUCAUCCCUGGAGGGUACGCUGUCAUUGGUGCAGCGGCUCUGACGGGGGCCGUCACUCACACCGUUUCCACCGCGGUGAUCUGCUUCGAGCUGACCGGUCAGAUCUCUCACAUCCUUCCCAUGAUGGUCGCCGUCAUCCUGGCCAACAUGGUAGCGCAGGGUCUGCAGCCAUCACUGUACGACUCCAUCAUCCAGGUCAAGAAGCUGCCCUAUCUCCCAGAGCUGGGCUUCGGCCACAUAAGCCAGUAUAAUAUCUUCGUGGAGGACAUCAUGGUGAGGAAAGUGAAGUUUUUAUGUUCCCACUCUACAUACAGAGAAGUACUGCAUUUGCUGGACUCGACCUCUUUAAAAACCUUCCCACUGGUCGACUCCAAAGAAUCUAUGAUUCUAUUGGGCAGCAUUGAGCGGUCUGAGCUUCUCGCCCUCUGUGAUUGGUGGCUGUCAGCAGAGAGGCGGAUCCUAACACAAGGACAGAGCUCACAAGGCCAAGUGCCUUGUGCCAAAAUCAGCUGGGAAUCCUUUGCCUUUGUUGAUGAGGAAGAAGAGGAGAAUGAAGAUGAUAAGACGAUACCGGUUCAAGAGGAAAGAAACGGUCCUGUGCCUCCACCCAAACCUUCAGAACCAUCCACCAAUCACACGUCUCCCGAUAAGGGUCCUUCUCCGUCUUUCAGGAGAAUUUUACGUAACUUCUUUUCAUCCUCUUCAGAACGACACACAGAAGGUCAGCCACAGGAGCCUUACCCUCCACCUUUAACUGAUACAAUGACACCAGAACAGAUCAAAGUCUGGGAGGAGACAGAGAUGGACAAACCUCUAGAUAUCGAUCAAAUCAGAAUAGACCCCUCCCCCUUCCAGCUGGUUGAGAGAACAUCACUGCAUAAGACUCAUACCCUGUUCUCUCUGCUGGGCCUCAGUCAUGCCUAUGUAACCAAUACUGGAAAACUAGUGGGAGUGGUGGCACUGAAAGAGCUUCAAAAAGCCAUUGAAGGCUCCACACGCAGUGGCGUACGCUUGCGCCCCCCUCUUGCCAGUUUCCGUGACACAAAUCGCAAAGCUUCGAAGCCUCCUCAGGCCUCCUCCCCUCCAUCCUCCCCCGGCUCCACCACAGCUCCCUCCUCAACUCUGUCUGCACCCGUGGUCCCUCACGUCCAUUCCCCGAGCCCAGCGGCCCCAGUGCAGCAAGAGGAGGAGGAGAUGGAGGUGUGGAUUGAGGGCGUGAAACGCGAGGUGAUCGUGGGGAACAGCAGAAGCACGAUGACUGGAAGCAGUAGUGGCAGCAGCAGCGGGACAGGAAGUAGUGACAGUGAGACAGGAAGUCCCGACAGCAGCCCAGCCCUACCGCCCUCCUCUCCUCCACCCCCCAUCCCUCUUUCCACCCUGCAGCCCGUCCCGGAGAACAAGGAGGGUGAAGAAAACGAGGACGAGGAGCCCCUUUAGAACAAGUAAAGUUUGUUUUUCUUUUAUUUAAGGGGUGAACAGUGUACUUUUGUUCACUUUUAUUUUUAUAUAACAUUUUCAUGUUUUUUUAUUCAUGUGCUGCAUUUCAAAGGUUUCAAACUGUCUGUUAUUUUCCUGAGUCACACUUAGUUUGUUCUCCUGCUCUCUUUUCUGCUUCCUUUUCCUCUAUUCUCUUGACUCUUUGUUUCCCCUAUACAUUUCCGUAAAUAACUUUAUUUUCCUUUUUUAAAUUUCUGCCUCUUUUUCUUUUUUCCACUUAAGGGGAAGGAGGAAGAAGUAAAGAGUUCUCUUCUUAUUUCUCCUCUUCCUCUAAAAUUUUCUGUAUAUUUUAUUUUCGUCUUUCUUGUUUUUCCUCUCACUUUUCUACUCACACUUGCGCUGUUUAUUUCUCUUUCCUCUAAAUAUUUCUGUAAAUAAAUGUCAUCUCUUCCACUACCACUUGCUCUUCCUCCUUUUUUUCCUUUUCCUCUAAAAAAAUAAAUAAAUCUGUAAAUGAAUAUAAACUGCCCCAUGGGAUUAUGUUCAGAUUGGUGCUCUUUUUUUUACUCCCCGAUAACACUUCUUAUAUUUCUUGACAUUCAGUAGUUUAAUGUUACACUGCUGUCAAAAAAAAAAAAAAAAAAUCUUCAAACAUUUAAUGAUUAUAUUUUUAAAUAUAUAUAUAUAAUGUUUAUUGGAGCACUAAAACAUGAACAUUUUUAUUACUGACAAAAAUGAUCAUGUUGAACCAGGUUUACAUGCGCCAGAUUUCAGACCUCAUGAAAACACUUGAAGUCUUCAUACACCCGGAUCAUUUCAUAUGAACCCUUUCUUAAAGGGUAUUAACCCUUUUAUGUUAUAAAAUAUACAAAAUCAAUUUCCAACAAAGAAUAUUUGCACUGCAUUGUUAGUAGUUGUCAAAAAUAUCUUUAUAAGAAAACAUGGCCAGCAGGUGGCACUUUGAGGACCUCUUCAGAAUCUGAACUUUCUUUUCACCUGGAACAAAUUUUCCUUGUGCCCUUUUCCAGUUCAGGGUGUGCGCACUGUCCUUUCUUAAUGAAACCCUUUAUGUCCUGCCUUCAUCUAUCCUUAAUUUUCUGAAAUCUCUCUCAGGUGUCUCUCAUGUCUUUAAACCAAGGACUGUCUGCUGUUUAUGAACAAUCUGUUAGUUGAUAUGAUCUGCUGUCUUCUUUUAAACGACACAGUUAUUUUAAUGUAAUUUUAUAUCUGUUCAGUCUGUGAGCAAUAACUUGAUUGGCCUCCAUUUUUGUUUGUUUGUUUGUUUUUGUCAUAUUUAUUAAUUUAUUUAUUCUCUUUCCUUCUUGGCGUGAUGAGAUAUCGACAGAAAAAUGUUUGAUUCUUAAUGUAGCUUUGAAACAUUGAUUGUUUUUGUCUCAUAUCUUCCAAGAAUGAUUAACAAUUCAAUAAACUGAUACAUUUGAAUUAAAAAA